UUGGUUAUUGGAUACUGGAUGAAGUGUUUUGAUCACUGGAAGUACAAGUGAUGAUGAGCGUUCAUUUUAAUUGUGAGGAGCACAGAUGAUGCCAGAGCUCAAACACAAUAUCAGCGCUGACCAACUGUGAACACACUCUGCAGAGACAGAGAGCAGUCAGAAUCGAAUCGAAUCGUUCAAUAGUCAGAUAUUCCAGCAUGUGCUUGUGUUGUGUCUGAUCCUCGGGUGGUGUGUUUCAGGUGCGUGUGGGUCACUUCUGUAAGGUGAUAGCGGUGGUGCAGAUGGGUGGAGGCAGUGAGCUGGCCAUCGUGGUCUCCAUCGUGGUGUGCUGUGUGCUGCUGCUGCUGUGCACUGUGGCACUGGUGGUUUAUUGCACUAAGAGCCGCAGAGCAGAGAGGUACUGGCAGAAGACUCUGUUACAGAUGGAUGAGAUGGAGUCCCAGAUCCGUGAUGAGAUACGCAAAGGUUUUGCGGAGCUGCAGACUGAUAUGACGGAUCUGACUAAAGAGCUGAGCCGCACACAGGGAAUCCCCUUCCUGGAGUACAAGCAGUUCGUCACACGCACCUUCUUCCCCAAGACGUGCUCUGACUACGAGAGGAGUCUGGUCCAGCCGGUAUAUGAGAACGAUCCUCUGGGCCCGCGAGUUCUGUCUGAAACACAUCCUCUGCUGCAGGACUGGCAGUCGUCUAAUAGAAUGCGGCCCAACCUGGACGAGGGAAUGACGCUGUUUUCCACUCUUCUCAACAACAAACACUUCCUGGUCACCUUUGUUCAUGCCCUGGAGCAGCAGAAAGACUUUGCCGUAAGAGACAGGUGCAAUCUGGCCUCUCUGCUCACCAUUGCCCUCCAUGGUAAACUGGAGUACUACACCAGCAUCAUGAAGGAGUUGCUAGUGGAUCUGAUCGACGCUUCAGCCUCCAAAAACCCCAAACUGAUGCUCCGGCGGACCGAGUCCGUGGUGGAGAAGAUGCUCACCAACUGGAUGUCCAUCUGCAUGUACAGCUACCUUAAGGAGACGGUCGGAGAGCCCUUCUUCCUGCUGCUGUGUGCCAUCAAGCAGCAGAUCAACAAGGGCUCGACCGACGCCAUCACGGGGAAGGCACGCUACACACUCAGCGAGGACUGGCUCCUGCGAGAGAACAUCGAAGCCAAACCACAGAACAUCCACGUCUCCUUCCAGGGCUUCGGUAUGGACUCGGUGAGCGUGCGUGUGAUGAACACGGACACCAUCUGCCAAGUCAAGGACAAAAUACUAGAGGCCUUUUACAAGAACCUGCCCUUCUCGCAGUGGCCUCGAGAAGAGGAUGUUGAUCUGGAGUGGUUCCCAGUGGGCCGCAGCAGCAGAAUCCUGCAGGAUCUGGACGACACGUCUGUCAUGGAGGACGGCAGAAAAAAACUCAACACUGUCUUCCACUAUCAGAUCCCAGAUGGAGCGUCGCUGGCCAUGAGCAUGAAGGACAAGAGAGAGAACACACUGGGCCGAGCGAAAGAUCUGGACACAGAGAAAUAUGUCCAUCUGGUGCUACAACAUGACGAGCUGACAGAGAGCAGGAAGUCCCACAGACACAGUCACAGGAAGAAGGUGUUACCUGAGAUCUACCUGACACGCCUGCUCUCCACUAAGGGAACUCUUCAGAAGUUCCUGGACGAUCUAUUUCAAGCCAUCCUCAGCAUUCCUCCAGAGAAACCACCGCUGGCCAUCAAAUACUUCUUUGACUUUCUAGAAGAACAGGCGGAUAAGCGUGGCAUAACCGACCCCGACACGUUACACAUCUGGAAGACCAACAGUUUGCCUCUGCGCUUCUGGGUCAAUAUCCUGAAGAACCCUCAGUUUGUGUUUGAUAUCGAUAAGACGGAUCACAUGGACGCGUGUCUGUCUGUCAUCGCUCAGGCUUUCAUUGAUGCCUGCUCUCUCUCUGACCUGCAGCUGGGCAAAGAUUCUCCCACCAAUAAGCUGCUGUAUGCCAAAGAGAUCCCGGAGUAUAAGAAGAGAGUGCAGUGUUACUACCAGCAGAUUCAAGAGAUGGCGCCGCUGAGCGAGCAGGAAAUGAACGCUCACCUGGCCGAGGAGUCCCGGAGAUACAGGAAUGAGUUCAACACUAACCUGGCCUUAAUGGAAGUCUACAAGUAUGCCAAGAGAUAUCGCAAUCAGGUGGUGAGCGCGCUGGACUCCAGCCCGACGGCUCGACGCACUCAGCUGCAGCACAAGUUCGAGCAGGUCAUUGCGCUGGUGGAAGACAACAUCUAUGAGUGCUGCAGUGAGGCCUGAGCCCACAUUCAUCCCCCUGACCGCCGCCUCAAAGGACUGAAGCCCUGAUGUCCAUAUCUGAUCAAAACUGUCCCACAUUUACUGAACCCAUGUGGCUAAUCAAGAAGUGAGGGCGAAACACCCGUUUCACUGCUUGUUCUUGCAGUGAUGAUUUUGUUGAUUUUCUUUUGCUAUAGUAUUCAACUAUUGACCUUGAACUAGGAGUUUGUUAAUUAAUUGUGGACUCCAGGGUCCUGAGGCCCUGUGGUCAUGUGACGCACUGACCCCACGCUUGGGGAGAGCCACUUAUGCACUGGAUUAUACAAGACCUUCUCCAUAGCAAUAUGUAUAGCUGUAUGAUGAUUUCACGGUGUUGUGUGAAUAACGUUUCUCCGAUGGGAUAUUUGUGCCUGUGCUGUUCAGCGGCAGUCCAUUUUAAAUCCACGAUGCCUUGGACUACAAGUUACUAUGAACACAUAUAAUAGACUUCAAUGAGACUGUUGCAUUUGUAUUAAUUAUUAUUAUUUGAAGGUCUUGGGUCUUUCUUGAAUGGGUCCAAACCAAAGUGUGUGCAUCAUUUUUGUAGAUAUUCUGCUGGAAAUUAUUAAUUUUUUUGGAGAAAGGGACAUUUUAUCAAUAAUGACAAACUUUACUAAAACA